AUGAGGCCUAAGUUCGUCCGCCCAUUCAGUUCUUCUUCUAAACGGUCGGCAGCUCAUGCUCCUCCUCGCCUCGACUUUCGUGCGAUUGAUUCAAAAUGGCAGCAGAGAUGGGCGUCUCAGCCCAAACCAGCGAAACAAGCCGUACCAUCGGGGAAGUCCUAUAUCCUUCCUAUGUUUGCCUAUCCGUCCGGUUCCUUGCACAUGGGCCAUUUACGUGUCUAUACCAUCUCCGACGUAAUCGCACGUUAUCGGCGGAUGCGAGGUGAUGAGGUCCUCCAUCCUACCGGUUGGGACGCGUUUGGCUUACCGGCCGAAAAUGCUGCGAUCGAGCACGGCAUUGAUCCGGCCGUAUGGACGGAAGAGAACAUUGCGAAGAUGAAGAAACAACUCAAGAGCAUGAACACGAGUUUCGAUUGGGAUGCCGAAAUAUCAACGUGUUCUCCGUCAUUCUACAAGCACACCCAAAAUCUUUUUCUCAAGUUGUAUCAUCGCGGGUUGGCCUAUCAAGCAGAAGCGUUGGUAAACUAUGAUCCCGUCGACAAAACUGUCCUUGCCAACGAACAGGUUGACAACCAUGGACGCUCUUGGAGGUCUGGGGCCCUCGUGCGGCAGAUCAACCUUCGUCAAUGGUUUUUCCGAAUCACGGAGUACAAAGAGGCUCUGUUACGUGACCUUGACUAUUUGUCUGAAGGCGCGAAAUGGCCUGAAAGAGUGAUUCUCCAGCAACGGAAUUGGAUUGGUCGCUCCGUCGGUGCUCGAAUCCGAUUCGGUUUGAGAGAUCAGACAGGAAAAUCAGUCCCCGUCCAUAUUUUCACGACGCGACCAGACACAUUGUUCGGAGUAAAAUAUAUUGCUCUGUCAAUGAGCCAUCCUCUCGUGCAGCAAAUGGCUACAGGGUCUCCCGAGUUACAGCGAUUUCUGAGCAUGCGUGCUUCUUUCGCUCCGGAUUCGAAGGAAGGGUUUGAAUUGCCACUCCAGGCAGUCAGCCCACUUUCGCAGAUGCUGGACUCCAACCAAGAGCCUAUACCAGUCUUUACGGCCCCCUACGUGCUUGAAGACUAUGGUGAAGGCGCUGUUAUGGGGGUACCCGGACACGACUCUCGCGAUCUGAGCUUCUGGAAACUUCAUAGACCUCUAGAACCUAUCUCCGUGGUCGUUGCUCCAUCGGCCACCGACGCGUCGACCAUCGACAUCCCUGCCGCUGACGUGAAAGACGCAUAUACCAGCUAUGGUAUACUGACUCCUGCCUGUGGACCUUAUUCCGGAUUGGCAAGCAGCGAUGCCGGAGCAAACAUUGUGAACGACUUAAGAACCGUUGGCCUGGCGGAACCCUUCGAAACAUGGAGGCUUCGGGACUGGCUGGUGAGCCGACAAAGGUACUGGGGAACUCCAAUUCCUAUUAUCCAUUGCCGGAACUGUGGUACUGUUCCCGUGCCCGAACAAGACCUUCCCGUGGUGCUACCUAAACUUGAUUCAUCGAUCAAGGGCCAGACUGGCAACCCUCUUGACAAGAUCGAUGACUGGAUCAAUUGCACAUGUCCUAGGUGCAACGGGAUCGCCAAGAGAGAAACGGAUACGAUGGAUACCUUUGUUGAUUCUUCAUGGUACUUCAUGCGCUUUCCAGAUUCCACUAAUUCCGUCGAACCAUUCUCACGCCAGUCCGCGGCCGCCAUGCUUCCCGUUGACACCUAUGUUGGUGGAGUAGAGCAUGCCAUCUUGCAUUUGCUCUACGCUCGUUUCAUAUACAAAUUCCUUUGCAACGAAGGACUGGUAUCCGGCGAGACAAGCAAUGAAGAACCCUUUCAGCGGUUUGUGGCUCAAGGAAUGGUUCAUGGAAAGACCUUUUCCGAUCCCGAUACCGGGAGAUUCUUACGCCCUCAUGAAGUGGAACACGAUGGCGAGCUCGCCGUUAUAAAGUCAACGGGCAAAUCACCCACUGCUACUUGGGAAAAGAUGUCAAAAAGCAAGCACAAUGGGGUGGAUCCGUCUGCCGCCAUUGAGAAAUUCGGUGCAGAUGCCUUACGUGCUCACAUUCUCUUCGCCGCACCCGUGAGUGAAAUUCUGCAGUGGGAUGAAGAAAAGAUUAUCGGAAUACAAAGGUGGUUCCAUCGAGUCCAUCGACUCGUGUCUGAUCUGGCUGCAGAAGCACCAGGGCGUGAGGUCGCCAGUCCAGAAGGCGGUAUACCUGACCUGGGUAAUGUUAUGGACGACGAUGUGGAUGCCCUCCUUUUGACCCAAACCACAAGCAAGAACAUUUCUCGUACCUUUUCCGACGACAUUUACAGUCUCAAUACCGCGGUCUCAGAUCUCAUCAAGCUUACGAAUGGCCUCCACGAUAUCGGUGUGAAAAACCUGACACCAUCUGUAGCAGACCACACAAUCACAGCACUGUUGAAAAUGAUGGCACCAAUCACGCCCGCUUUUGCAGAAGAAUGCUGGGAAGAAUUGAUGACGAAGAACGAUGCAACGAGCAUCUUCAACACCCCCUGGAAUGGCGAUAUAAUCACGGCUGAACAAGAAUCCGCCCUCCGAAGCCGCAAAAAAUCAAUGACAUGCGCCGUUCAAGUGAAUGGUAAACUGCGGUUUACUACACAAGUGCCUUCAGCCGGCCCAGAGGGUAAAACUGGAUCUAAUAAGGCGGCCCGAGAAGAAGAAAUACUUGGUGCAGUUCUGAAUACUGACGAAGGGCGAAUGUGGCUUACAGAGAGAAACGACUGGGAAAAGAGGAAGAGGGUGGUCGUCGUUGGUGGAGGAAAAGUAUUGAAUGUGGUUUUUUAA